UCAGCCUGCAUGAACAGACAGGUAGUAAGGUUUGGUCUCUGACUGUGUGAAAGCUCAUGUGAACUUUGGGUUUCAUUUCGGGAAGUGCUCACAGUUGGCCUAUGGCAUGUGGAGCACGGGCAGGUGGAAGAACUCAACGACUGGAUCAACAGGUGCUCACUUGUACCUCAUUCCAGCGUUUGUCGCCUUGGAUCUACUACUGAGAGCUUGUGGACUACAACUAGAGAUCAUAUGCACUGUGUCUGGGUGCUUCUAGGUUACUUGGAAAGAGGAACCUGUUGUGAGUUUUGUUUGACCGUGGUUUAGCCUGGGUGGAGGAGCUGUUCUGUGGUCGUCUGUCUGGUCACAGGCGGCCUGAUUCCUCAGAGGUGAUGGUGGGUGUCAGGGACGUCACUGUGCACCCGCACAGGCGCCUGGACUGAAAGUGUCACAGUGCAAACAUGGAAUUCCUCAAGAGCCUCGUUCCCACAGUUAUCUCUGGGGAUGGCGGGAUGCAGGCAGCGGACACUGCAGGAGUUUGCCCGCGGGAGACCGGCCCUCGAUUACUGAGGAUGAAACGGCUGGUUUCAAGUAACGAAGAGGAGCCAGAUGGAUCCAGUCCACCCAGCCGGCCGGUUGUCCGGCUACAUCGACAUCGAGCCAAAGCCUCUGUCCCUGUCAGCAACAGCAGUGUGAGUAGGCGAGGAACAUCCCCCUCUGCUCCACCCAGCUGGGAGAAGCGCAGCCUCCACCCCGCCACCAUGUCCAGCAUCACCAUCGACCCCGAGCUCAAGCCCGGGGAGUUUGUCAUCAAGAGCCUCUUCGCAGAGUUCGCUGUGCUCGCUGAGAAGAAGAUCGAGGUGGUCAUGGCUGAACCACUGGAGAAGCUCCUUUCCCGCUCGCUGCAAAGAGGAGAAGAUGCACAAUUUGAUCAGUUAAUAAGCUCUAUGAGCUCCAUAGCAGAACACUGUUUGCCUUCGCUGUUGCGGACACUGUUUGACUGGUACAGAAGACAGAGCGGGACAGAAGACGAGUCGUACGAGUACAGACCUCGUUCCAGCACCAAAUCCAAAGGAGAUGAACAACAUCGGGAUAAAGACUACCUACUGGAGCGAAGAGACUUGGCCAUAGACUUCAUGUUUUGUUUAGUUUCUGUGGAAGUUUUGAAACAGAUCCCCCUUCAUCCUGUGCCAGACACCUUAGUACAAGAAGUCCUUAACCUGGCAUUCAAGCACUUUAAACACAAAGAGGGGUACUCAGGCCCCAACACUGGUAAUGUGCACAUCAUCGCUGACCUCUAUGCUGAGGUCAUCGGAGUCCUCGCCCAAUCCAAGUUCCAGGCGGUGCGUAAGAAGUUCAUCACAGAGCUGAAGGAACUGAGGCUAAAGGAGCAAAGUCCUCAUGUGGUGCAGAGCAUCAUCAGCCUCAUCAUGGGCAUGAAGUUCUUCAGAGUCAAAAUGUAUCCUGUUGAGGACUUUGAGGCUUCGUUCCAGUUCAUGCAGGAAUGUGCUCAGUAUUUCCUGGAGGUGAAGGAUAAAGAUAUCAAACAUGCACUGGCUGGCCUGUUUGUUGAGAUCCUCAUCCCUGUAGCUGCUGCGGUAAAGAAUGAAGUGAAUGUGCCCUGCCUGAAGAACUUUGUGGAGAUGCUCUACCAGACGACCUUUGACCUCAGCUCAAGAAAGAAGCACUCACUGGCAUUGUAUCCCUUGGUCACAUGUCUGCUGUGUGUUAGUCAGAAGCAGUUCUUCCUCAAUAACUGGCACAUCUUUCUUCAGAACUGCCUUUCUCACCUAAAGAUGCCGUCAAACAACAGCAUCCGUAAGCAGAUUGAGACCCUGCAGAACAAAGACCCCAAAAUGUCUCGUGUAGCACUGGAGUCUCUGUACAGGCUGCUCUGGGUUUACAUCAUUAGGAUCAAGUGUGAGAGUAACACAACCACACAGAGUCGGCUCCUCAGUAUUGUAACAGCACUUUUCCCGAAGGGCUCUCGCAGCGUGGUGCCCAGGGACACACCUCUUAACAUCUUUGUUAAGAUCAUUCAGUUUAUCGCUCAGGAAAGGCUUGACUUUGCCAUGAAAGAGAUCAUCUAUGACCUGCUGUGUGUGGGCAAGUCUCACAAGACCUUCACCAUAAAUCCAGAGAGGAUGAAUAUUGGUCUGCGGGCCUUUCUGGUGAUAGCUGACAGCCUACAACAGAAAGAUGGCGAGCCACCUAUGCCCACUACAGGCGUCAUCUUACCCUCAGGCAACACACUGCGGGUCAAAAAGAUCUUCCUCAACACCACCCUGACAGACGAGGAAGCCAAGGUCAUCGGUAUGUCUCUAUAUUACCCUCAGGUUCGGAAGGCCUUAGAUAACAUUCUUAGACACCUGGAUAAAGAAGUGGGACGAUCCAUGAGCAUGACCAACGUUCAGAUGUCCAACAAAGAACCAGAAGACAUGAUCACUGGGGAGCGUAAGCCGAAGAUUGAUCUAUUCCGGACAUGUGUAGCUGCCAUUCCCAGGCUAAUCCCAGACGGCAUGAGCAGACAGGAUCUCAUUGAGCUACUGGCCAAACUGACCAUCCACAUGGAUGAGGAGCUGCGUGGUCUGGCGUUCACCACUCUGCAGGCUCUGAUGGUGGACUUCCCGGACUGGAGAGAGGACGUGUUGUCUGGUUUUGUGUAUUUCAUUGUGAGGGAGGUGACUGAUGUUCACCCCACUUUACUGGAUAACGCUGUCAAGAUGCUGCUGCAGCUCAUCAUACAGUGGAGACAGGCGGUACAGAGCAACAACCGCUGCCAUGAUUCACAGAGCCCGUCUCUCCCUCUUGAGCGAUCUCCUCUCUGGACAGUUCUGCAUGUGGUGGAGGGUCUGGCUCUGGUGGUGCUGUGCAGCUGUCGACCUGCAACACGCAGACUCGCCGUCAACGUCCUCAAAGAGGUCCGAUCGCUGCACACGGCCCUCGGCAUUGCUAAGGGAGAUGAAGAGUUGGCUAUAGACGUGAUGGACAGAUUGAGUGCUUCAGUCCUCGAGAGCUUUAUUCAUCUCACGGGGGCUGAUCAGACAAAUCUGCUGUAUUGUCCCAGUGGAAUAGACCUACAGACUUUGGCAGAGUGGAGUUCUUCUCCCAUCAGCCAUCAGUUUGAUGUCGUAAGCCCCUCUCACAUCUGGGUGUUUGCCCAUGUGACGCAAGGUCAGGACCCCUGGGUCAUCAGUCUGUCUAGUUACCUUCGUCAAGAGAACCUGCCCAAGCAUUGCCCCUCUGCACUGAGCUACGCUUGGGUCUUCGCCUCCACCCGGCUUCAGCUGCUCUCUCCACAAGUUGACAUUAACAGCCCAAUCAAUGCCAAGAAGGUGAACAGCAUGAGCAGCAGCAGUGACUCAUACGUGGGCCUUUGGAGGAACUACCUAAUCCUGUGUUGCAGCUCUGCCACCUCUUCGUCUUCAUCUUCCUCAUCCUCUUCCUCAUCUGCCGGCUCUGUCCGCUGUUCCCCACCCGAGACGCUGGCAUCUACUCCAGACAGCGGAUACAGUUACGACUCAAAGAUCAUUAGCAUUCCGUCCCCAUCCUCCUUGUUCAAGCAUGUGGUUCCUAUGAUGCGCUCCGAGAGUAUGGACAUCACUGAGUCUCUUGUCCUGGGGCUUGGCCGGACCAACCCUGUUGCCUUCAGAGAGCUUUUAGAGGAGCUAAACCCCAUCAUCAAAGAGGCGCUAGAGAGAAGGCCAGAGAACAUGAAACGACGCCGGCGUCGUGACAUUCUCAGAGUCCAGCUGGUCCGGAUUUUUGAGCUACUGGCCGAUUCGGGAGUCAUCAGUCAGACGGUGAGUGGUGGUCUGGACGGCGAGUCUCACUCUCUGAACAGCACUUUACUGGAGUACGUGGAUCUUACCCGACAGCUUCUGGAGGCAGAGAACGACAAAGAUUCAGACACGCUGAGAGACAUCCGCUCUCACUUCAGCGCACUAGUGGCCAACAUCAUCCAAAAUGUUCCAGUUCAUCAAAGGAGGAGUAUUUUCCCUCAGCAGUCAUUGAGACAUAGUCUGUUCAUGCUCUUCAGUCAUUGGGCUGGACCCUUCAGCAUCAUGUUCACACCGCUGGACAGAUACAGUGACCGCAACAUGCAGAUCAACAGACACCAGUACUGCGCACUGAAGGCCAUGUCUGCAGUGCUGUGUUGUGGUCCAGUGGCUGAUAACGUCGGCCUGUCCUCUGAUGGGUAUCUGUAUAAGUGGCUGGACAACAUUCUAGAUUCUCAAGACCGCAAGGUGCAUCAGUUGGGUUGUGAGGCGGUGAUGUUGUUAUUAGAGCUGAACCCAGAUCAGAGUAAUCUGAUGUUCUGGGCAGUGGAUCGCUGCUAUACUGGCUCACGCAGGGUCGCUGCAGGCUGCUUCAGAGCCAUCGCAAAUGUCUUUCACAACAGGGAUUAUCAGUUUGACACUGUGGUUUUGCUGAAUCUCAUCUUGUUUAAGGCUGCAGACUCUUCUAGAGACAUCUAUGAGGUUGCAAUGCAGCUAUUGCAGAUUUUGGAGCCGAAGCUGUUUCGUUAUGCCCAUAAACUGGAGAUCCAGCGCACUGACGGAGUUUUGUCUCCAGCAUCUCCUCUCCCACAUCUGUAUUCAGUUUCCUAUUACCAACUCAGUGAAGAACUGGCAAGGACUUACCCUGAACUCACACUUCCCAUCUUCUCAGAGGUGAGUCAGAGAAUCCAGACAGCACACCCUGGUGGCCGACAGGUGAUGCUGCAUUACCUGCUACCCUGGAUGAACAAUGUGGAGCUGGUGGAUUUCAAGCCUUCGGUUCGGCGUCAAGAGGAGCCUUCGUCUGCAGAGGAAGAGGAAGAUGCUCACGAGAGAGAGCUGAUGAUGUUGAACAGCCGUCGCUGGCUGAAAGGAGAGGGCUGGGGCUCACCACAUGCCACUACUAUGAUCCUAAACAAUCUCAUGUUCAUGACUGCAAAGCUUCAAGACGCCUCUUGUAUGGAGAAUGGAAUCGCAUGCAGUGCUCAGUAUGGUGAUGAGUUUGCGUGGUCAGAAAUUGAGAAUGUCUGGACCACUUUAGCUGACAGCUGGCCCAAAAAUCUGAAGAUCAUCCUGCACUUCCUCAUAAGCAUGUCAGGAGUCAACAGUGAACCCAGUCUCCUGCCUUACGUGAAGCGUGUGGUGGUGUAUCUGGGCAGGGAUAAAACGAUGCAGCUGCUGGAGGAGUUAAUGUAUGAGCUGGAACUAACAGACCCAGUGUCCUCAGCUGUCACUCAUAUGGACAACCCACCUUACUACCGCAUUACUUCCUCCUACAAGAUCCCUUCUGUUACCUCAGGAACAGCCUCCAGUAGCAACACCAUGGUACCUGGACCUGAUGGACAUCAUGACAGCAAACUCAAAGAUUCAAACAUUGAGGACAGUUACACUCAUUUGGAUAUAUACACUGGCCUGAACAGUAAUCUGAACAGACAGCACCAUCGACUGGAGUCCCGCUACAGUAGCAGCUCAGGAGGAUCCUAUGAGGAGGAGAAGAGUGACUCUAUGCCUGUCUAUGCUAACUGGCGUCUGAAGGUGAUGGACCAUAACCGGCCAGAGCCCCUACCGUUUCCACCCACUGGCGGCUGCUGGUCACCUUUGGUCGAUUACUUGCCUGAAACCACCACACCUGGAGUCUCCCUGCACAGAUGUAACAUCGCUGUGAUCUUGCUGACGGACCUCAUUGUAGACCACGGGGUCAAAGUGGAAUGGAGCGCGUACCUUCAUCUGCUACUGCAUUCCAUAUUCAUAGGUUUUGACCAUCAACACCCAGAGGUCUAUGAGCACUGCAAGCGUUUACUGCUUCACCUGCUUGUGGUUCAGGGCACCAACAGCAGCGUCCAGUCACUGGCGUCUGUACUGCUUCGCAACCGUGAGCUGAACGAACCCAGAGUUCUGACCGUCAAACCCACUCUUCAGGAGUUUAACCUCACAGGUGUCACAGAGCUGAUGUCAGACUAUCAGCCAUCUCCGAUGACAGACUCUGGCUUGAGCUCCAGCUCCACAUCCUCUAGUAUCAGUCUGGGUGGCUCGGCCCUCCCUCACCUUCCCCCCACUCUCCUUAAUGAGGUGGACCUGUCAGCAGAGCAGGACGAGAAGGUCAAAAACCUCAUCGAGUUCAUCAGCUCAAGGAAGCGUGGACCACUGUGGAACCAUGAAGAUGUUGCUCCUAAAAACCCUAACAUCAAGAGUGCUGAUCAGCUUAGUGUGUUUCUCCGGCAUGUUGUCAAUGUCUUUAAACAAACACCAUCUGGUUUCCAGUUGGAGCAGGAGUUAAGUGAAAUUGCUCUUCAGACUGCUCUGUCCUGCUCAUCACGCCACUACGCUGGGCGCUCUUUCCAGAUCUUCAGAGCACUGAAACAGCCAAUGACAGCUUCUACGCUGUCAGAUAUGCUUUCCCGUCUGGUGGAGACUGUGGGAGAUCCAGGGGAAGAGGCUCAGGGAUUUGUUAUCGAGUUGCUGUUGACACUAGAGGCUGGUAUAGACACUCUGGCUGAAACAAUGAAGAGCUACGACCUGCUCACUGCAAUCUCACAGGCAUCCCAUGAUCCUCUGCAUGGCACCAAAUUUGCCAAUAACAGGAAAAGCACGGGUCAGUUGAACCUCGGCAGCAGUUUCUUGCAUGCCCAUUACAGCCACGCUCGCAGCAACUCUCUGCGAGCCAGUCUGAUGGGUGAACGCAUGGGAGACCGACGCCGCAGCAACACCCUGGAUAUAGCCGACCGAUUGGGUGGCAGCCACGGCAAUCUAGCCCGAACACGAAGCUUAUCAUCUUUACGAGAAGGUAGCGUUCGUGGCGAUGGUGGAGGAGGAACUGGAGGAGGCUCUGGUGAAGUGGUCCCGCAGACCGACCCCACCAACCUGAUGGCCACAGUCUUCUGGAUUGCGACCUCACUGCUAGAGUCUGAUUAUGAGUUUGAGUACUUGCUGGCACUCAGACUGUUGAACCGACUGCUGGCACAGAUGCCCCUGGAGAAGGCAGACAGCAGGGAGAAGCUGGAGAGAGUGCAGGCCAAGCUGAAGUGGUACAACUUCCCCGGCCUGCUGACACUCUUCCUGAAGGGCUUCACUUCAGCUGCCACGCAGGAGCUCACCAUUCACCUACUCAGCAAACUCAUCACCGUGUCCCGACACACACUCAUCGACCCCUCACAGCUAGCAGGUUUCCCUCUGAAUAUCCUGUGCCUUCUGCCGCAUCUGAUCCAGCACUUUGACAACCCCACGGGGUUCUGUAAGGAGACUGCUGAUCGGAUCGCUAAAGUGUGCGCUGAGGAAAAGUCAGCCACGCUGGCAAACCUGGCACACAUGAUGAGCCUGUACUCCACGCACAGUUACUCACGAGACAGCACCAACUGGAUUAAUGUGGUGUGUCGCUACUUGCACGACUCCUUCGCUGAAAUUACCUUUAACCUGGUCACGUACCUAGCUGAGUUGUUGGAGAAAGGACUGAACAGCAUGCAGCAGUCAUUACUGCAGAUCAUCUACAGUCUACUGAGUCACAUUGACCUGUCUGCUGCUCCUGUCAAACAGUUCAACCUGGAAAUCAUGAAGAUCAUUGGCAAAUAUGUACAGAGCCCCUAUUGGAAAGAGGCCCAGAACAUCCUAAAGUUGGUGGUGUCCCGCUCUGCGAGCCUGGUGGUUCCUGAUGAGGUGCAGCGCUCUUACAGCACAGAGUCCACGGGCUCCCCGGAGAUCGCUUUCACACGCAUAUUCAAUAACUCAUCCAAAGAACUGCCAGGAAAAACACUGGACUUCCACUUCGACAUCUCAGAGACACCUAUCAUAGGUCAUAAGUAUGGAGACCAGCGAAGUGCAGCGGGGCGUAACGGAAAACCACAGGUGAUUGCUGUGACAAGAAGCACCUCCUCUACUUCUUCCGGCUCCAAUUCAAAUGGUCUGGUACCAGUCAGCUGGAAGAGGCCGCAGCUCUCGCAGAGGAGAACUCGGGAGAAACUAAUGAAUGUCCUGUCUCUGUGCGGGCCGGAGUCCGGCAUGCCUAAAAAUCCUUCUGUGGUGUUCUCCUCAAAUGAGGAUUUGGAUGCAGGUGACCAGCAGACCAGUCUGAUCCCCACUGUAGAAGAAGCGACACGGGAGGAGGAAGCACAAGCGGAAGAUGCAGGAAGUGAACAGCAGUUUGGUGUCUUCAAGGACUUUGACUUCCUGGAUGUGGAGCUGGAGGAUGGAGAGGGGGAGAGCAUGGACAACUUCAACUGGGGUGUGCGGCGUCGCUCUCUGGACAGCAUUGACAAAGGUGACGGUGACACCCCAUCUUUGCAGGACUGCCAGUAUUCGGGCAGCACGCCCAGUCUCAUCCAGCCGGAGGACACCGAUGAGUCAUCUGAGGAGGAGGUACUGAGCGCUAGCCAGAUUCUCACCCGCUCCAACCUCCUUAACAGUGAUUCUGCAACCGACGAUGCCAUAUCCAAUCACAUGGAUUCCCUACAGCAGUCGCAAGAGUCUUCCAGUAGUGUCCUGACAGAAGAGGCCACGCCCACCCCACUGCUGCACCGCCCAGAUAGCCCCGCCCACGACACUGCCCGCUCUGACAGCAAUAGCAGCCAGUUGCCUGAGGAUGCCAGUGUAACAGCUGGGGAUGAAUUAAGCAGCAGUGUCAGUGAGGAUACAGGGUUUGGCAGUGCCCCUCCUCUGCCCUCAGACCCCCCCGAGCUCUGUGACUUACAUGACUCCCAGGACCCCACAGACGACCUGGAUCCAGCCCCACCGCCUCCACCGGCCAUGGACAGCCCGCCUGGGUCCCUCUUUGAUGACGAACCAGGGAUUACACCCUCCAUCAUAGACACCAGAUUAGACUCCAUGUGUGAGGAGGAGACCGUCCUGCCGCUGGUUUUGGACUCGGCCCCUGAUUCAGUCUGUGAGGAUGACGUGACGCUGGCUUUGAAAGAGCUGGAUGAUCGGUGCGAGGAAGAGGAGGCAGAUUUUUAUGGACUAUCCAGUCAAGACGAAGGCGACACGGACGGGUUUCCUGAACUCCAGGCCUCGCCACCUCCGUCGCCCUUUCUCUCUGCUAUUUUGGCAGCAUUCCAGCCUGUAGCCUACGAUGAUGAGGAGGAUGCCUGGCGCUGUCAUGUCAACCAGAUGCUGUCAGACUCGGAUGGGUCUUCUGCUGUGUACACCUUCCAUGUGUUCUCCCGACUCUUCCAGCACAUUCAAAGGAAGUUUGACUCGAUUACCCAUUCCUCUGUCCACUUCCUUGGGGAGGGUCUGCAACGAAUGGGAAACCAGUUCCUGAGCUCUCUAGAGGUCAUGACUUCCUGCUCCCAGUGCCCUACAGUCCUACUGGAUGCUGAAACUUUGGUCUCUUGUGGGCUCUUGGAGACACUAAAAUUCAGUGUGUUGGAGUUACAAGAGCAUCUAGAUACUUACAACAGCAAGAGAGAAGCAGCCGAGCAAUGGUUGGAUAACUGCAGAAAGACCUUUGGUGAUAAAGACAGCAACCAGCGACCCAACACUCAAGCUCAGCAAAUGGAAAUGCUAGCAGAGCUUGAGUUGUGUCGACGGUUGUAUAAACUCCAUUUCCAACUCCUGCUGCUCUUCCAGGCCUACUGCAAACUCAUCAGCAGAGUAGACACCAUCAAGAGAGAGGCGGAGGUGACUAACAUGUCCGAGGAGCUGGCCAUAUUAGAGAGCUGUCUGAAGGAGGCGGAGUCGGUAAAUGAUGAACAGGACAUUGGCGAGUUUGAGGUGGACCAGUCGAGCACAGAGACGGCCAUUCACUCCCUCAUCGAGAGUCUCAGAGCACGAGACUUCUGCACAGCCAUCACUCAAGUUAAAGCCUUCAGGUGCCUGUGGCCCAAUGACAUAUUUGGCAGUGAUCGGGACGAUGCAGUGCAGACACUGCUGCACAUCUACUUCCGGCACCAGACUCUGGGUCAGACGGGGUGUUUGGCAGUGGUGGGGCCCAGCAGGGAUCUUUCUCAGGCCAGCGCUCGCCUCAUGGAGCUCAACCUUCAGAUCCGCGAAGCUCUCUGCCAGGCUCAAACACACCCGCACCUGCAAAGCCACCAGACGCACAUCCAGUCCCCGACGCCCACAGGCCACAUCCAGACGCAGAUUGACACGCAAAAUACAGUCCUCAGCACUGGACUCUAGAUUAUCAACCAGCUCCAACUCUUCCUCCGGGGACGACAGGUUCGCCGAUUUUCAUGUAGACUUCACCUCAAAGGGCUAAAGAAUGUGUGGACAUUAGUGACUCCAAACUAUUAGGCACGCAACACGUUUCUAUAAUAUAGUUUAUCCUCUGCGGAUGGCGGAAAACGUACAAAGAAUGGGACCGGUCAUUAGGAGGGACACUAGGCGAUUAUGAUGCUAAAUUCAAAGCGUUUUGUUUUGUUUGUUUGUUUAUUUUUUGGCGGAAUGACCUAUGACCUCUUGGGAGUUGUUGUUUUUUUUAUUUUUGAGUGAUUCACAUCCGUCUGCCUCACUAUGCACUGGGGCAGAGAUGGGAUUUGGAGCGUUUUUGUGAUUUACCUGCGAGAUUUAUCGCAGACAUAAAGAAAAGCAUGCUUGAAAGACAGAAGCCUGCAACUUAUUUUUUUGAGAAAUGUAUUUUUUAACAGUCUUAGGUUGUAAAUGUUAGGAUAUUUAACAUGUAAUUGUAAGCAAGGAGCCGCAUAUCCUCCGUUUAAAGAGAGGUUUAUCUGUUUAACUUUAUUGACCUGCAUCGAGGAGAACUUUCAGCUUUCACUGGGCUGCUCAUACAAAACCCGUAAUCUAUAACCAAAUAAGUAGCUGCCUGUAGAAAAUACCAUAGACACUUAUGUGUGUGUGUGUGAGUGCGAGUGUGUGAGUGCGUUUGACAUGGACUGAUAUUUGCACACCCGUUCUCUCUCAUACAUGCACGUUAACAAACCGAGAUGCACAGGUGAAGUGCAAACUGGCUGCAACUCAUGGAAAUAUCAAUAACUUAUUUUACUCUGUAUAUAUUUUAGAAAAUGUAUAGUGUAAAAGCAGUAUUUUUUUCCUUGUACAUUUGUGUAAUGCACUGUUCAAUCAGAGAGAGCUCAGAAGAGGGUGACGACUAAUGCAAAAAAAUCAAAAUAAAUAAAUAAAUAGCGAGUUGACUAGGGGUGUACGGGCUGCCCUCUCCUUUAUGAUAUUAUGCCACCUUAAUCUUCAAUAUUUCCCGACGAAUGAGCUCUUGAAUGGGCUUUUGCCAUAUGCAUUCCUUGAUACCCACUGUGAUCUCCAUGUUGGCUCAAAGUUCCCCGACGGAGGCCCCCUACUGGAGCCCCCUGCUGUGGGGGAACUGGGGCCGGUGUUUGUCCAUGUUGGCUCUGUCUUAACUCAGGGCUGCACUGAGGGUUCGUGGGCUUCUGAAAGGCACCGCGCUUCGCUUGCCGAGCUCCAAGAGACAAAGCUGUGUCCUCAAAAGCGUAGACCGCAAACGUAUGGUGCGGGGGAACGAUUAAUCUGUCGCGGCACAUUGAGAAAUAAAAACGUUCACUGUACUCAUUCCUCUCAGAGAUCUCUUCUGUUGCUUUGUUUGGUACAUUUUGAAUGCUGUUCUUAAUUAUUUAAUGGAGAUAUUAUUUACCUUGACAAAAUAUAGUUUUUAUCUAGAGGUGCAUUAUUCUUAUUUUCCUCCCUUCCCCUUCACACAUUUCUCUCUGGUUUGUCUUCGUUUGUCAUCUGAUUUACCUGCUUUUCCCCUGUACUGUUAAAUAAAACUCUGAUUAUAAGCA